UGACAUGUAAUCAUGAGGUGGGAGGAGCUUAAUAUUUCUGAGGAACAACUCUAUCCUGAACUACUGUUCACAGUUUGAAUUCACUUUUGUGGUUGUUUGUGGAGUAAAAUUUUCUGUUUGUGUUUUAAACAAGGACAAAUUUUAGGAUUUUAAACACAAUCAAUUUGUGCCCUUUUAUCCCUGUACGGUCCCAAUCUGUGUGCAGCCUAUGCAGCGUGCCUACUGACAAAAGAGUGUAACAAACAGGCAUACAGUCAGAAAAGACGAUCCACAACCACAUCGGAUAUGAUAGAUUGUAUUCAGUCAUCAUUUGAAGCAUUGUUUGAAUAGAUUGGUUUUUGAGCACUUUGGAUGGAAUUAACACAACAUGUAGUUUGAAUGUGGAACAAUAUAAAUUGUGCAUAACUUUGUUUAAAUCAAAUCAUUUUCAUCAUCAUCUCGACAUUUCGCAUCAUUCAUAAAGAUAUCAACAUGACAAGUUCAAGUGUUCGUCAGUUGUUUCUAUUAUUAGCUUUGGACGUGUAUCACAGCUUUACUGCUGCACAGGAAUCUACCUCGCUCAGUUAUAGUUUUCGUGAAGAACAAAUGGAGGGCACUUUCGUUGGAAAUGUUGCACGAGACAGUUUACUUUAUGGAAAUGUUACGCAAGAGGAAUUUAGUCAUAUGAGAUUUCAAAUUUUAACGCAGGGAAACCAGCAUGCACUUCUUUUUAAAAUCAAUGAAACAAGCAGUUCUCUUUACAGUAAACAAGUUUUAGAUCGUGAAAUUUUAUGUCCGUAUCAGAAAGUUUGCUUCCUGAAUUUCAAUGUUGCUGUUUAUAAAAGGGAUUCAAAAAAUGGAUUAUUAGAUCUCUACAAAAUUAUUCAAAUAAAUGUCUCGAUAGAGGAUACGAACGACAACUCUCCAGUUUUUCCUAACUCUGAAAUAGCAUUGACAGUCGAAGAAGCAGUAUCUGUGGGAUAUAUAUUAUAUACAAGUGCAGCAGACGACAAGGACACAGGGUUCAAUAACUCCGUCCAAACUUACGAACUUGUUCCUGGAAAUGAAAUGUUUGGACUAGAUGUCACCAAAAAUUUGGAUGGGUCAUCUGAUCUUGGACUCAUUGUGAAUUAUAAGUUAGAUCGUGAAACAAGGGAUUUUUAUCAGUUGAAAAUAUUUGCUCGUGAUGGUGGAUUUCCACAAAGAACUGGAACUUUAACAGUGAAUAUGAGUAUAACUGAUUUCAACGACAACCGUCCACUUUUUUCACAACCAACAUAUCAAACUAGUGUUCCUGAAAGUGCAUCUUUAAAAACACCAAUUCUUGCACUUAGAGCUUCUGAUGCUGACAUUGGACAAAAUGGAAAAUUUUCUUAUCGUUUUAAUUCAAGAGUAUUGUCGAAAGUAACAGAAGUUUUUGCAGUCAAUGAGACCUCAGGAGAAAUCUAUGUUAUUGCAGGACUGGAUUAUGAGGAGGAAAAACAGUAUCAAUUCUUGGUUGAAGUGGUGGAUCAUGGGAGAAUUCCACUUUCAUCGUCUGCCAUGGUAACUGUUGAUGUUGUUGAUAUCAAUGACAAUGCACCUCAAAUAAAUACAAAUUUUCCACCAGGUGGCACUCUGAUCUCAGAAUCUGCAGAAGUUGGACGUUACAUUGCUACAGUUUCUGUAUCCGAUAAAGAUUUAGGCUCUAACGGAAAAGUGCUAUGUCAGAUUUUAGGGGACCAUUUCAAACUUGAAGAAUUGUACACUAAUAUGUAUAAGAUAGUGAUCAGUAGUAAACUGGAUUACGAAGCAAAGAAAGCUCAUAAUAUAACAUUAACAUGCCAAGAUCAGGGAAUUCCCCAACAGCAAAAUACCACUUCCUUCACAAUCUAUGUCAAAGAUGAAAAUGACAAUUCACCUGUAUUUAAAACUAACAUGUAUAGAGCAACCAUUUUAGAAAAUUUGGAAACUUUUCAAGAAAUUGUUCAGAUAUCGGCAACUGACAAGGAUAGUGGUGACAAUGGUAAAGUUUCAUACUCUUUACACACUGAUGCAGGUGAUAAUUUCAUCAUUGACAAUGAAACGGGUGUAGUUAAAACCAAUGCUGUUUUUGAUCGUGAAGCAUUUAUAGACUCUGAAGUGAGAUUUCAUGUGAAUGCCUCUGAUGAUGGAAUACCUCAACAAAUGUCAUCAAUAUUGGUUGUGUUAACAUUAGAAGACAUUAACGACCAUCCACCAACUUUCAAAAAAUCAAUAUUCAUAUUUAAUGCUUUGGAGGGGCAAGAAAAUGAACCAACUGUUGGAACAGUUACAGCUGAAGAUCUUGACGCAGGUUCCAACGGACAAUUUACUUUUUCAUUCCGUUUUCCAUCACCAAAUGUUUUCUACCUUGACCCAAAUACAGGUGUCAUCAAAUGCAGCAAGCUCGACCGAGAAGUACAGUCACAGUACAACUUUACCAUCCAAGUCACUGAUAAAGGCAAUCCACCAUUAUCGUCGACUGCUGAAGUCACUGUGAAUGUGUUUGAUGACAAUGAUAACCCACCCAUUAUACACAUGCCUAAUAUCAACAAUGAUACAUUUUACGUUCCUUACACAGCCGCAGCAGGAACAGUCAUCAUGACUAUAAAUGCAACAGACAGUGACCUUGGAAACAAUGCCCGUCUGCUCUAUGGCAUCGACAGCAUUUCACCAAAUAAUCCAAACAUUUUCAGACUUGAUAUGCAUUCUGGGAAUUUAUCUGUUGCAAAAAGUAUGCAUUUGUACGACUCUGAUACUUACAGAGUGUUGAUUUCUGUCAAAGACAGUGGAUACAGUCAGCAUGUGACCUACUUUCGUUUUAAUGUUGUUGUGACCUUGACCAAUGAAACAAGUCUGACUGUCAAACAGAAAGAAGAACAAGGAACAAAUGUUGUCAUAGUUGCUGUCAUUAUCGUCGUGACGAUUGUACUUUCAGCAGCCAUUAUUAUAACAAUCUGUGUCAUUAGGCGUUUGGAUCUGGGUCAUCGUCAACAGAAAAAGAAUAACCAAGAAACCAUGUAUGAGAAACGGAUGUUCAAUUCAAACCAUAAUGAGACCAUUUCUACAGAAUCAUCACAAUUUUCAGACGCACCAUUGAAGAAGAAAAACAAAAAGGAAGUCAGCUUUUCGUUAAGUGAAGAAUCUGAUUCUGUGAAUACAUCAACAUUUACGAACAUUACGUCAUUCUCAACAUCCAAACAUCCUGGUAUUACAUUCUUAGAUGGAAAAAUUAUAGACAAUCCACAAGCCAGUAGUUCUUUGAUCACCAGCAAUACACAGAAUCCAGAAACCAGUAAACAUUCAUAUGGUGACAAGCAAUACGGGAUAGAUUGUCUUGGGUACCAGGCUGACCCCCGUCCACAGAGUCCAGGUUACUGGUACCAACAGCUUAAAGAGCAAGAGGCAAGAGAGAUGCAACUACUACCUCAUAAAAAUGAUGAUGCACACAGUGAAGCUUCUGCAGAAUCGGCAACAAGUGACAGUGGCCGAGGGGGCAGCGAAGAAGAUAUCCAUAGCAACAGAGGUCACCCCUUCAGUGACACAGAUGAGCCAUACAAAUCAGGCAACCAUUCUUCUAAGAACUCCAGUCUUUUACAUUCCAGUUUUGAUACGCCAAUCAAAAAUAAAUCAUCAGACAGUUAUCCACGGAAUAUAAGCUUCAGUGAUGAUAGUGUAAAUGCAAAUACAACAGUCGAUGAAUUAAAAUCAAAAUAUGUCAAACGGAAAGAGGCGUUAGUGGCGUCAUACAUGAACGCACAUUUGCCGAACUUUUCACAAAGUGGAAUUAGUGCUAUUCAGACUCCUUCACGGAAUAAUUUAUCUCACGGAAGAACUUUAGAAACUCUUGAUGAGGCAUCUCACAGUGCAUACGGACUUAGAUACUCCAUGCAAGAUAUCGACACAAUGAGUGACAGUAUCGCCACGCGGGAUGACGACGGAGCCAGUACGACAACGUCGGGAAGUUACACGAUAAAUCCUGACGAGCUAGUCAACGAAAUAGACAAUUUAUUUUUCAAUUCAGACAUUAUUGUGUAGUCUUCGUUGUAUGGUUGUUAUUUAAGUCCUUGGUGCCAAAAUGUUACAAUUUAAACUGCCUCAUUUUCAAAACUGUUUCUAUGGGAACUUGUGUAACCAUAGCAACAGUUCUAUUUAUCAAAAUAAAAUGUGUUUCAUGCAUAUUGAAGGUGCUCUUUAUUGUUGUCUCAAUGUUAUAACUGUGAUGUUUGCAUGGAAAACUAAAACAUACUGAGCUGUAGAAAUAUUGAUUGAGGUCAACAACUCUAUCAUAUAAGAAGGAAAAUAUAUAAGUUAUUUCUUUAAAUCUGUUCUGAAUUCACAAAGACUUUCAGCAAUGAAACUUGUGUGUCUUUAACACCAAGUAAUAGGGGGAGGUGAUAAACUUUUAUAUUUUACUUCACAAUUUAAAUAAUUACAUUAGGUCAAUCUGGAUAUAUUUUUUCAUGGAAAAUGAUUGAUUUGUUGAAUUUUAAAUUCUACAAAAAAAAUUGUCCAAACCCUAACAUUUUCUUUUUUGAGGCUAUUCAGAUUCCUCACUCCUAGAGAGGUAGAAUAAAUUACUCUGGUAGAGUUGUUGACCACAAUAGAAUUCCUGUUAUUAUAAUUGAUUAUAGUGCUACAUAGUUAUUUUUGCGUGAAUGAUAGGUCUGGAACCUGUUAGUCCCAUGGCCAGUGAAAAUCAACUGGGUACUUUAUAUUUCAAUAGAAAUUGUUUACCAGAAAUAGUUAGUGUCUACAUAUGUACACACUAAUGGAAUUCAAAUGUUUUGGUCAGUAAAUUUUGAAAGAUUGAAAUAAAAUAAAACGCCACAUUUUAACUUCAAGGUAUUUUCGAUGAAGAUUUUUAAAAUUUUAUCAUGGACCUCAAAUAUUUCAGUAUUUAUUAUUGCCCUUCUCUAGAGCCAAAACAAAACAUGUAGGUUUUUUUUAAAUAAAUCUCUGAGGGUUUAAUGAUACAGAGUUUAGAUAAUAAGGUCUAAAUAAAGAAAUGCACAGUAUUUCAAUAUUUAUUUAACAUAAUGUAUCAAAUCCCUGCUGUUUUAAUUUUACCAAACGAUUUGUUUAGAUUUGUUUAGUUACAGGCGGUUGGACUAUUAUUUUUAUCAUACUUGAUCUUGAAAAUUUCCAAUAGAACAGAAAAUGUUUAAAUAAGCUCUGUGGAAUUUUAUAUUGAUUAUCGCUGUUUGUUCAGAUUACACUGGGAAAAAAACCAAAGCAUUUUGAAGUAACUAUGACCCCAAAAAAAUAUAGUUAAGGGGAGAUAAACCAGAUAUUUUUAUUUGGUAACUAAAAUACUCUAGUCAUUUCUCAUAUCAUCGACAUUUUCAUCACAUUUCAUCUAAUAUUUGUCAUUAUUAUUAUUUUAUGAAAUAUGCAUUUUCAUAAUAAUGUUAUUGUAUUGCUAAAAGAAGUAGUUGGACAAUUGUUCCAGACAUAACAGGUUUUUUUUCUCUAAAAUGAAUCAAAAGUCCUAAACUAAAGUCCCUAGAGAACAUAAAAUUUCUUCAAAAAUGAUUUUUAAAUUUUAUGUUUUUAGAUAUUUUAAUUUAUACUCUGCAAAUUGUUCGUAUUGAUUCAGAUUUUUUACAUGAAAUGGACUUUAAAAUAUUUAGGGGUUUAAAAGAUAAAUCAAUAUCUAAAAUCUGUCUUAUAGUUAUGUCCCUUAUUGUUGUGCUUGCAAUGGGAAUACAUUUUAUAUCAAACUCAUAGAGUGUGAAUGUUGAAAAUGGUUGUUGUUUUAAUGAUAAUGUACAAUUUUUAUUUAUGUUGAAUAAUUGUACAAACAAUUUGUUGAUAUUUUGUACAUAAUUAUUGUAUUUUUUACAGAAAAACGUAAUAAAUCUUUAUACAAAUGAAA